UCUCCGGUUCAACCUCCGGCUCGGUAGUGCUCACGAGCCACGUUUCUCCUCCUGGUAGGUCUUUCCCUAGCAAACAAAAGCAGGGAAACUUCUCUCGGGUUUACCAUUCGAUCAAUCUUCUGAGUUAUUGAAUCUGCGCUGGACCACCUUCAAAGAAUCGGAUCCUCGGAGGUUUUCGUUCCAUUUAGGCUUUUGACCUAGCUCUGAUGGAGGAAAGCCACAUGGAAUACGAUGGGGAGAAGAGUCCUAAGGAUUCCGACCCUCUCCUUAAUAAUCAGGCCGCGCCUUCUGAGGACAGCUCUGAUGAUGUAAAUGAUGAGGACAUCGAAGCGGCCUCUCAAGCAUGCUGCCGCAUCUGCCUUGAGUCUGAUGGUGAAGAAUUGAUUUCCCCUUGCAUGUGCAAAGGCACCCAGCAAUUUGUUCAUCGCUUUUGUCUCGAUCAUUGGCGCGCUGUAAAGGAAGGGUUCGCUUUCUCUCAUUGUACAACAUGCAAGGCACAGUUUCAUCUUCGAAUAGCGUUAUUGGAGGACAAUUCUUGGCGGAAAAUGAAAUUCCGCAUCUUUGUGGCCAGAGAUGUUUUCCUUGUAUUUCUGGCUGUUCAAACUGUAAUUGCUUUACUUAGUGGUUUUGCAUAUUUCUUGGACAGAAAUGGAAAUUUCAGGAACUCUUUUACUGAUGGUUGGGAUCACAUUUUGUCUAAGCAUCCAAUACCCUUCUAUUAUUGCUUAGGAGUGCUAAUUUUCUUGGUGCUACUGGGAUUUUUCGGCCUGAUCCUGCACUGUUCAUCCUUCGGUAGCAAUGAUCCAUGCAUGGCUGGUUGCCGCAAUUGCUGCUACGGCUGGGGCAUACUGGAUUGCUUUCCAGCAUCAAUGGAGGCUUGUUUUGCCUUAGUAGUCAUAUUUGUUAUUGUCUUUGCUAUCCUCGGAAUUGCUUAUGGUUUUCUUGCAGCAACCAUGGCCAUCCAAAGGAUCUGGCAAAGGCAUUAUCACAUCCUAACAAAGAGGGAGCUUACCAAGGAAUAUCUCGUGGAGGAUCUGCGUGGGUGUUAUACACCUCCAAAGAUGGACCCAGAACAUGAAGAACGGCUGAAACUGCUUAAGCUUCUGUGAGCUCAGUGGUAAAAACUUACAAAUCAGUGGUUGGAUGCGUAAGUUGUUUAUGUUUUUGUAUAUGAAUUGGUAAAUAUGGAUAGUUAUUGUCGUGAGACGAGGUACCAGUUUGUAUCUGUAAUGUAAUUAGUUUUUUUUUUUUUGCACAGUUGCAAUGUUGUCAAAUUUGAUUAUCAUUUUUCAAGGGUUGUAUGAAGUUCAUCAGGCAAUUCAACCUUGAUUGGCAAUCAUCUUUUCAAAGUUCCAUACGAAUGUGAUUUAUGGAUCAUCCGGUUGUUCGUUUAGCAAAUGUAUAAUUGAAAAUGGUGAUUUUGUA